AUGCUCGGGCUCCUCUUACAAGUCAUGGAGUAUUUGGAGGUGAUCGGAUUUAUUCGGGCGUACCUGCCGAUGCUCCGGCUCCUUCUGCAAAUCAUGGUAUAUUUGGAGGGGGUGUACUUGGAGGAGAUCGGGCUUAUCCUACUACUGAACAACGUGGUGACGGUCGUGUGGCUAGCGUUUCAGUGCCUGAUGAUGGUGAUCCAGGCGGUGCUCGUCCACUUCCCGGAAGUGAUAUGGGAGGUCGUGGCGAUGAAGACCGUCGGACUUAGUGAUGGAGAUCUGCGCCGGUUGGGACCAUCCGAAGAGGCCUAUCGCACGAAGCCGCCAGAGGUCGAGGACACCUUCGGUGACUAUGCAGGAAAUUAUCCGCCUGGAUUGAAUGGAAUUAUCUCAGAUGCUGGCCGAAUGGACGGCCCGUAG